UUUUUAAUUUUGGAUUUGGAAAUUAAAAAAAAAGGCAGUAGCUUUAGGGAGCAAGGACGGCGGGGGGAAGAGUCGCCGAGUCUCUGUUUCCGAUAACGAAAUCGAUUUGAGUGUUUGUGGAUAAAACAAAGCGAGAAGCUGGUGAGGGAGGGAAGAGGAGGAGAGAUGGGAAAAGAGAAGAGCAAAUGGACGGAGGAUGAGGAGGAUGCGUUGCUCGGCGGCGUGAGGAAGCAUGGACCCGGAAAGUGGAAGAAUAUCCUCCGCGAUCCUGAGUUCGCUGCUGUCCUCUCUCUCCGCUCCAACAUCGACCUCAAGGAUAAAUGGCGUAAUCUAAGUGUUCCCGCUGACAUCCAAGGCUCAAAGGAUAAGGUACGGACACCAAAAAUCAAAGCUGCCGCUUUUCAGCUGGCUGCCGUUGCAGCUGCCGCUACCACUCCAUCUCCUAGUUCUGUCUCUUCUCCAGUUGCUCCUCCCCUUCCUCGUAGUGGAUCUUCUGAUUUGAGCAUUGGUGAUAGUUGUAACAUGUUGAUUGAUGCAAAGAAUGCUCCCAGGUAUGAUGGGAUGAUAUUCGAAGCUCUUUCAGCAUUAAAGGAUGCUAAUGGAUCUGAUGUCACUACAAUUUUCAACUUCAUCGAGCAAAAAAUGUAUGAAGUGCCAGAAAAAAGGGUCCUGGGUUCAAGGUUGAGGAGGCUUGCUGCACAGGGCAAACUUGAAAAGGUUAGCCAGUUAAAAUCAGGAACGCAGAACUUGUAUAGGAUGAAUAAUAAUAGCUUCUUGACAAUGAGAACGCCAGUUCCAGCGAGACCAAAAGAGGCGAAUGCGAAACCCCGGCAGACAGCAAACAGCCAAGGACUCACGGUUUCGCAGGAGAAGAUUGAUCUGUCUUCAGGAACGGCAGCUUUUAAGCUCUACGAGUUAGACGGCAAAUUAGAAGUGCUAAGUGGAGCUGUAGAUGAUAGAGCAAGGAUGACAGAACUGGCGGAACGAGCUGAGAUUAUGCUGCUGCUAGCGGAAGAGCUCCACGAAAGAUGUUGUCGGGGAGAGAUUGUGGAACUGAACUGAGGUUGUGGGAACAAAAAGAAGCAAGCAGAGAGUGAGUGAGUAUAUAGACUAAUAGUAAUUAGGCUAUUAGCUUGCAUUCUCUACUUUUCUUAAUGACUACCAACAUUAACAAAACAAUAUUUAACCUUUCUUUCAUUUACCAUAACAAAAUGGUAGUUGGGAGUAAUUAGGCAAGAACAGAAAUGUGUAUGAUGUGGUCUGGAAAUGACAGUGUAACUUUGAAGCUCUUAUCUUUUU